CAUAUCUCUACCUCUUUGUCUCUCUCAUAACCAAACACACACAUACUCAGCAGCAAGAACUUCAAAUUCAACACACACCUAUGCUUCCUCCCUCAUCUCACCGGCGACCGCAGCCGGAUGUCAGCCGGUACUGCGGCGCCCAGCACCUUCGGCGAACCCCCCAAAAACCCACCGAGCUACCUCGUUUCCGUUCACCGGCGACUUCUCCGUCACACACCACCAUCCUCCUUCUCCCCGGUCACCGACAACCUCACCCUACAACCACCUCCUCCCUAUUUUUUUUCCGAGCACUCGGUGUCUCCCUCUCAUUUCUGGUCAGGUCAAAACGCGGGAGGAAUCGGCAACGAUCGGCGCCGUCGCCACGGCGGCGGUGGCGGUGAGCUUCCGACGUCAAGCGAAGAGAGAGACAGAGACGGUGGCGGUGAUCAGUUCUCCCGAUUCAACAAGGCUUGAGUCGUCUUAGACUCA